AAGAAAUAGCAGAAGCCCAAAACAGGCUGAAUCUGUCAAACGCGUCUACAUUUACCAUCACCUGACCAGUACAGCAGUUGCCAGGACUUGUAUUAUGUGUCUUGGUAAUUCAGUGCUGGUUUUAAUGCAGUACUGUGAACAGAAAUGCUGUAUGUUAGUUUAUCUCACUUACCGGGCUGUUUGGUUGACGUUUAAAGCUCCACAAAUCAGGAAGUGAAUCCUACGUUUGCUGUGGUCAGUAGGCUUUGCUCUGCAGAUAUUUCAGCGUUGUUGUUUUGUUACUUCACGGCACCUUUAUAGAGCUCACCUCGACGACUUGCUUGCUUGCUUGUUUGAGCUCUCUGUCGCACAGCUGCUGUCACGAACACAACACGGCGCUGAAUCAGAACCUUGAACGCAGCAUCAGCCAGAAGAGGAGCCACUGAUGUUUGCGAAGAAGAGAGGGCAUACGUGUUUGAUAGCGUCCGGUAUGGCCACAUUAGCUGUGCUCAUGAUUGUGCUGUACGGCACCAUCGGCACCCACCUGCAGCUAGGCAGCUCCAGCUUCAGGCAGGACUACCAGCUGGACAGACCCCUCUACAAACUGGACCUGAGCUGGCCGAGGAACCCAGAGCUGUUCACCGGAGAGGUGUUUGGAGUGGCUGUCAACCAAUAUGCUGGGGUGGUAUAUGUAGCACAGAGAGGUGACAAUGUGCCAAAGGUGCUUGUGUUCACCACAGAAGGUGAGUUCCUCAUGGCCUGGAACACAACCACACUGGAGAUGCCUCAUGGGAUAUUUCUAGCAGAUGCUGCCUCUUCAAACCCCACUGUGUGGAUAACCGACGUGGGAAACGGCCCCAACGGUCACUGCAUCAAACAGUACUCGCCAUCUGGGAACCUCCUCCAGGUGCUUGGUACACCAGGGAAGGCAGGUACCGGGCUGAACCCUCUGCAGUUUGAUCAGCCGGCUGAGAUCUUCGUACACGAUUCUGGAGAGAUGUAUAUCGUCGAUGGUGAUGGCGGCUUGAACAACCGCCUCAUCAAGCUGUCCAAAGAUCAGGAAGUGCUGUGGCUGCACGGGGAGAAAGGGCAAAACCCGGCUCAGUUUUACAUCCCCCACAGCGUGACUGUGGACAGUGCUCAGAGGGUGUGGGUGGCCGACCGGGGGAACAAGAGGAUCCAAGUAUUUAACUCCAUCACGGGUGACUGGCUGGGGACGUGGGGAAGCUGUUUCACCGAGGAUGCCCCCUACUCUGUCCGCCUGACCCCGGACAAGAAGUACUUUGUGGUUGUGCAGCUCAACACCAACCAGAUUUCACUGCUGGACGCCCCACCGGUGGGUCUGAUUGGUCAGUGCAGGGUGGUGAGUGUGAUCCAGCUGGCUGAUGAAGUGAAGCCACACCUGGUGGACCUAGACCUGAAGACAGGCGCCCUGUUUGUGGCUGAGAUUGGAGCUCAACAGGCCCAGAAGUUCACCCCCUUUGUCCUGGGUGCAAGUUUAAUCUAGACUUACACUGAGCUCUGUCUAAAGAAUAGAAAUGGAAAGAUUGAUCACAAAUUUACAGUUUUGUCAUACAUUUACCUAUUGAUCAAAUUUUGGGCCAUAAAUGUCCAUAUUUGACAAGUUAUGUUUGUACUGAAAAUAGUUUCAAGAAUGGCUACACCAGUGCAAUUCUAUUUAGGUUACAGUUAGGUACUUAGAUACUUUUCAAUUCCGAUGUGUUUUAAAACAAUGAUAUCUCAAUUAUUUAAAAUAGCGUUGGUGUUGAAAAGUAUCAAAGCUUUAAAAAGUAAAAAAUAAAAACAACAGGCCAUCAUUCAUGAGAGAUCAGUCAAUACUUCUAUCUCAUAAUGAUGAAAAGGUUAAAUGAAUGUGUCUUACAAACAGAAGAGUUGGGACUAUAAAUUACACAAACAUUGCCAAUGUGCGAUUUGGAAAGUGUGCAGGAGUUUUCUUUCAAAGUUUUCUUGAACAAAAACAAGAAAUGACCAAAUAUUGGAUGCUUAGGACUUCUGGUUUUGUUGCUGUGGUAUCAAACGAGUAUCAGUAUCGUUUGAUCCGCUAGCAUGCGUCAAAGUUCACAUUUGUGGUAUGUUAACAACCCCAUCAGGAAUGAGCGGCAGGUAUUUCAUCAAAUAUGUUUUAAAUGUCAUGACAAGACCUUUCCUGUCAUUUGUCUCUACAUAUAUUAAUUGAAUAAUAGAGUUUAGCUGAAGUUAGCUAAAACUGAAAAGCUAUAGGUUUUUAGAUCAGCAGAACUCGUAGCUCAAAGUAGGCACAACCUGCAUCCACCCAAAUGUUCUACACCCUCCUAAUCCUAGUUUGGCGUUACAUGAAGCUAACCCAGUUCCUGACACGUGCACACUUCGACCUCAAAGGAGAUUUCAGCACCUGCCAGAAAGAAAGUGCACUCUUUGCUGUUUUCAAACGACUGAAUAUGUUUUUUGUUUGCGCACAUCCUGCCAUGCCAAAAAAAAUAAUAUUGAAUGAAACAAAUAAAUGCUUGAACAUCUGGAAUUGAACCAAGAACGAAUAACUUGUGUCUCAAAACAGAAGAGACUGUAGAAUUGAUUAUAUAGACACAUAUAGAAGGACAACAUGUGUCCGUUCAAAACCAAACUACUUUUGCUUUUUUUUUUGUUUUUUAAGGCAUGCAGUUAAAUCGAACCAUGUUUCUUUACAGAUGUAAGAAUUAUUUCUGAUCAGUAUAUUCAAAUCAAUACCUGUCAUUGUAAGGUAUGCAUUGUGAUGAUGAGCUUUUCAUAUUCAUGGCCUGUUUGUGAAGUAAUGUGCCAUUUGUAUUUCCGUAACUCUGCACUGCUUGAAAAUAAUCAAGGCAUCCUUAACGCAGAAAAGAUGCAGAAACAGCUCGUGGACCGAGCUGGUUCCUUUCCUUACUAUCAACACUUCAACUUAUAUUAUUGCCAGUUUAUGUCAGCUUUGAAAGACGUGCUUGUGAUCACACAUGUAUAUUCAUAAAGAGGACAAAAGUACUGAAAUGUUUUGCACAAUGAAAAAAGUCUGUGAAGCACUUAAUGAUGCGGUGGAUAAAUGCACGGUAUGAUGGGUCAAUUCUUUCUGUGUUUGCUCUCUGUGUUCUUGUCUGUCUUACUCGAUCUGUCACAGAAUCAGCUGUUUCACAUCAUUCAUGUGAGUCAUAUAUUGUAUAAAGUUGAUUUUUCAGUGACUCUGUGUUACCACUAUGAUUAGUGCUUUCCUCAAGCAGGGUGACAGAAAAAAAAAAGGAAUGUCUUUGCACUGUGCAAAACUGUCUAAUAAAAAAGCUAUUUGUUAUUUAAGACA